GAUCCUCCAAACUCUUAUCAUCGACAUUAUUAUUAAACAAUCUUCUUAUGACUUUGUUAGACUUGUGAAGAAAAAAAAUGUGCUCCUUGGACUUAAUGAAAAGUGAGUUGCGUAGCUAUUGCGAUUUUAGAAAAAACGCUACUCAACGUUACUCUACCACCUACCAUUAGAAACCAACAAUUUUCUGAAAAAUUUGACCAUCAAUCACCCUUCUCCCCCAGUUUAAGGCAGGACACUACAGCAGAAAAUGGAGAAAUUGCAGCAACAUCAAUGGUCGAGAGCUGUGAAAUCACGCUUAUCUUACAAGAACGCGACGAUACUUGUCUGCUUAUUCAACAUUACCACUGUUCUUCUCUUGCUACAUGGCUUCUUGUAUUCCCCUUCUCCGAAAUCGCCUAUCUCUAAUAAAGCUUUAUACAGGCAUAUAAAGGAAUCUGAAGACAUAAGACGCGCUUUGAUUCCUCAUGAUCUCAUAAAAAGAGUUAGAGAAAUUGGAGAGGGUGUAUAUGUCGAAACAGAGCAGAUGCAACAGAAAGAUGUGAAGCAGACUGCGGCAGUGGACCUUAUAUCGAGAUUGAAUAAUUUUCGUUCAUAUUCGGAUGCAGGCAGCAACAAAGCCCUCGAGGAAUGGCGCAAGCGGAAGAUGGAGAGGGCGAGGCAACGUUCUUUGGGGAAGGAUGGAACAGCCAGCUCCCAGCCCUAUUGAACUGAUUUUAAGUCCUCAUCUUUGGACCUGUGCUGUUUGUUGCUGGAUAAUUGGCCAUUCCACCGGUUAGAUCAUCAUAUUGUAUGUAUUGUUCUUGAAUAUUUGAUGUGUUCGUGCUGUGUAUUUAAUAUUUUUGUCUGUGACAGUUGCAUAUUGGGUAUUUUCUGCUCCAUUUUCUAAUGAUCAUAUGCUGUAUAUAAUGAGUUUUUUUACGAA